GCGACAACUGGCGGCGGAUCCUAAGCUGUACAACCCGCCGGCCAAGGUCGAGCUCUCCGCCCAGGGCGCCAUUGAGCGCGACAUGGGCAGCGCGGCGGCGCUGUUGCAGGUCUCCGAGCGCGCGGGGCGCACGAGCGCUGCCGCGCCGCCGCCAGAGACCUGGAGCGCGUACGCGAAGAAGUCCGAGGAGAGCGCUGGAGUCAUUGCCAUGAUGGACCUGCUGAUCAGCGAUCUCGACAAGGAGAUGACCGAGGCCGAGACGGAGGAGAAGGACUCGCAGGCGGACUAUGACAAGACGAUCGCGGGCGCGAAGGACAAGCGGAUGACCGACUCCAAGGCGCUAACGUCCAAGGCCGCCGAGAAGGCAGAUUUGGAGAGCGACCUGCAGGCGGCCAAGGGCGACAGCGCCAGCACGGCCAAGGCGCUCAUGGCAACGGACAAGUACCUCUCCCAACUCCAU